GUAUUUCAAUGAUAUAUUUUCUAGACACGUUAUAAAAAUUACUAUGGCAAUGGCUGUUAGGGUAGUCAUUUUAUCAUUUAUGUUUGGUUCGGCAUUAGCUGUAAUGGAACUAAAUGAUAACAACUUUUUUGAAUAUGCUAAACGAAAAGAAGUACUUUUGGUGGAUUUCUAUACUCCAUGGUGUAAAGAAUCAAAACGUCUUGCGCCAGAAAUGCAAUGGGCAGCUUUAGAAUUGGGUGUUCAAAAAUCAAAGAACCUAGCUCAGGUUGAUUGUGAAGGUGCGGGAAAAGGACUAUGUCAGAUGUACCAAAUACGCAGUUGGCCACAGUUAAAGAAUUUUCAUUAUGGAACAUAUACAGGGGAUUACACUGGACCACAGAGUGCUGAGGCAAUUGCUUCAUACAUCAAUACCGUUGAACAAUCAAGCAGCAACUUUGUUCCUGGUUAUUAUCCAAACGUCGGCUACGCUAUGGCACCAAAAGAUAGCUUGGUUGAACCAGCACCUCCAGUAGUUGGGGCACUCAGCUGUGCAAGAUGCAAUAUUGGCAAAGGAACUAAAUGCACUAAAGUUGUAAAGAAAGCUUGCGUCGAAUUACAGUUGAGGGAAAAAGCAAAAAAAGAAGAAGCAAAACAAAAUGACGAUGAUAAAAAAAGAAGUGUGUUAGUGAAAAAAGCUGAUAAUAAAAAGAAAUCAAAUAAUUAGUAACACGAAGUUUUCGAAUGUACAUGUUCAGAUUAUUUUCAAGAUACAUUAGUAUCUAAUAAACAUGCAUAUAUAUAUAUAUAAAUAUAAAUAGUAAAUUAAAA